AGGGCCCGAAGGGGGCGGCCGAAGCGGCCGCGCGAGAGCCGCGGGCCUGGGGCCCCUCACGGCGCCACGAACCCUGCGCUGGCAGAUAGCGCGGGCGGGGUCCUUAUCCGCCUCCACGCCGGGCGCCGGCCGGGGAACCCGGAGACCUCUCCCUCCAGCUCCCUCGGCCCUCUCGCGGGCUACACCCAGGUUUCCUAAUGGGCCGGACCGUGGUCGUGCUGGGAGGAGGCAUCAGCGGCUUGGCCGCCAGUUACCACCUGAGCCGGGCCCCCUGUCCCCCCAAGGUGGUCCUGGUGGAGGCCAGCGAGCGUCUGGGAGGCUGGAUCCGCUCAGUCCGAGGGCCAGGUGGUGCUGUCUUUGAACUUGGACCUCGAGGAAUUCGGCCGGCGGGAGCGCUGGGGGCCCGGACCCUGCUCCUGUUUCUCCUCUUCCUGAGGAUGUGUGGAGAGCAGGUUUCUGAGCUUGGCUUGGACUCAGAAGUGUUGCCUGUCCGGGGAGACCACCCAGCUGCCAAGAACAGGUUCCUGUACGUAGGUGGCGCCCUGCAUGCGCUGCCCUCCGGCCUCAGGGGGCUCUUCCGCCCUUCACCGCCCUUCUCCAAACCUCUGUUUUGGGCUGGGCUGAGGGAGUUGACCGCGCCCAGGGGCAAAGACCCUGAUGAGACUGUGCACAGUUUUGCCCAGCGCCGCCUUGGACCCGAGGUGGCGUCUCUAGCCAUGGACAGCCUCUGCCGAGGAGUGUUUGCAGGCAACAGCCGAGAGCUCAGCGUCAGGUCCUGCUUUCCCAGUCUCUUCCAAGCCGAGCAAACCCAUCGUUCCGUUUUACUGGGGCUGCUGCUGGGAGCAGGGCAGAGCCCGCAGCCAGACUCCGCACUCAUUAGCCAGGCCCGAGCCGAGCGCUGGAGCCAGUGGUCCCUCCGAGGAGGGCUGGAAACGUUGCCCCAAGCCCUUAACACCCACCUGACUCGUAGAGGAGUCCGUAUUCUCAGAGGCCAGCCCGUCUGUGGGCUCAGCCUCCAGGCAGACAGGCGCUGGAAGGUGUCUCUAGGGGACAGCAGUCUGGAUGCUGACCACGUUAUUAGUGCUGUUCCGGCUUCAGUGCUCGGCAAGCUGCUCCCUGCGGAGGCUGCGCCUCUGGCCCGGGCCCUGAGCGCCAUCACUGCGGUGUCUGUGGCUGUGGUGAACCUGCAGUACCGAGGAGCCCGUCUGCCUGUGCAGGGAUUUGGACAUUUGGUGCCAUCCUCAGAAGACCCGGGCGUCCUGGGAAUUGUGUAUGACUCGGUUGCUUUCCCUGAGCAGGACGGAAGCCCCCCUGGCCUCCGAGUGACUGUGAUGCUGGGAGGGUCCUGGUUACAGACGCUGGUAGCCAGGGGAGCCUUAUCUCCGGAGCUGCUCCAACAACAGGCCCAGGAAGCAGCUGCCACCCAGUUAGGACUGAAAGAGCCACCCAGCCACUGCUUGGUCCAUCUACACAAGAACUGCAUCCCCCAGUAUACACUAGGCCACUGGCAAAAACUGGAGGCAGCUACGCAAUUCUUGGCUUCUCAGAGGCUGCCCUUGACUCUGGCCGGAGCCUCCUAUGAGGGGGUUGCCGUUAACGACUGUAUAGAGAGCGGACGCCAGGCAGCAGCCCGGGUCCUGGGCUCGGAACCGGACAGCUGAUCCCCAACUCCCACCUCCUCCUGGCCCCGCUGGUGGCAGUUCUUGACCCACGAAAAUAAAAGUUGCUGGAGCUUG